CUCUCCACUGUCAGGGCACGGCACUCUUGACAGUAUGGCGGCGGGGUGCAGCUGGAAGGAUGCUACUGUCGCCCGUGAUGUGUCUGUCGCCGGUAGGACGUGAAUGGACUAUUGACGGCAGAGAGAGCGGAGGAUACAGCGAGAAAGGCCUGUCGCCGUGAGCUCCAAAGAUGGCCAGGCUCGCCGACUACUUUGUGGUUGUCGGCUACGACCUCGACAAGCGAGUCGAAGGUGAAGGUCAAGGUCGCAUUCUCCAGCGGUUUCCUGAGAAAGACUGGGAGGACAGCCCAUUCCCACAAGGCAUUGAGCUGUUCUGUCAGCCCAGCCGUUGGCAGCUGGUUCCUGAGCGGCAGCCCACCUCCUUCUUUGUAGCGGUUUUGACGGACAUCAACUCAGAGCGUCACUACUGUGCCUGCUUCACCUUUUGGGAGGGCCUGGACAAUCCGCAGCUGCAGAAGGCUGAGACCAGUGAGGCAGAUGAGGUAGAUGAUGAGCUGUCUGUCGUCCAGUCAGCGAAGGUCUUUGCCCCGAAGAGUCUGGUGCUGGUGUCCCGACUGGAUUACACCGAGGUGUUCAGGAACUGUCUGGGUCUGGUCUACACCAUCUACGUAGAUGGCCUGACUGUGCCUUUGGAAACAGUGGUCGGAAAUCUCCUCACUUGUAUCAUCCCCAUCGCUGGAGGUUCCCAGAUAGAUGAGUCUCCAGUAUGUAGUUUAGAAAAGGUUCCUCAGGCUCUGGCCUGUGACUGGCUGCUGGCCUGUCUCCAGCCGGGCCAAGAGGAGAGAGAGGAGAGUUUGAGGACUAUAACAUUAGGUGCUGGCGACCGGCAAGUCAUCCAGACUCCCAUCAGUGACUCACUUCCUAUCAGCGGGAGUACUGUGGCCCAGCUCUUCAGACAGCUUGGUAUAGUCAAUGUAUUGUAUCUGUUCUGUGCCGCCCUGACGGAACACAAGAUCCUCUUCCUGUCCAGCAGUUAUCAGAGACUAACGGAUGCCUGCCGUGGACUUCUGGCCAUCAUGUUCCCCCUCAAAUACAGCUUCACCUACAUUCCCAUCCUACCAGGAAAACUACUAGAGGUGCUGAGCACUCCCACUCCCUUCAUCAUCGGUGUCAAUUCAUUCUUCCGCUCCGAAACACAAGAACUGUUGGACGUGAUCAUCGCCGACCUGGAUGGUGGUACGGUGACCACCCCAGAGUGUGUCAACAUCUCCCUGCUGCCUGAACCACUCCUUCAGCAGACCCAGACUGCGCUGUCCAUGAUUUUGGAUCCAGAGCUGGAAAUUGCUGAUCAUGCCUUCCCACCACUAUCCACACAACCUUCUGCACUUAAAAUACAGGAUAAGGAGAUCCGAGCAGUUUUCCUGUGGCUGUUCGCCAGGCUCUUCCAGGGAUAUCGGUGGUGUCUGCACAUCAUCCGUAUUCACCCAGAACCAGUGAUCCGCUUCCACAAGGCUGCCUUCCUGGGCCAGAGGGCGCUGACAGAAGAUGACUUCCUCAUGAAGGUGUUAGACGGCAUGGCGUUUGCAGGUUUUGUGUCGGAGAGGGGGCCACCAUACAGAGCCACAGACCUAUUUGAUGAUCUGGUAGCCAAUCAGGUGGAGCGGAUACGACAUGAGGAGGCGUGUCCACACAAAGUCAUGAACCACAUCAAGGAGCUGGCUGAGCAGCUCUUCAAAAACGAGAAUCCUUACCCUGCUGUGGCGAUGCACAAAGUCCAGCGGCCAUCAGAAAACAGGCAGAACACUGCACUGGUUCAGACUCUCUUCCCUGUGCUGGACGAGGUUGCGGUGCAGCUCUUCAUCGACCAUGCUGCCGCCAAGCUCAAGACCGCACCUCCCGUGGUCAAGGUGGAGCAGAAAGGCAUGGUGCCAUCCGGGCCUGCACUGGGAGACGUAGUGGACAGAAACAGUAACGUGAUGGCUAACAGCGCUCGCAGGCUGGAGGUGGUCAGGAACUGCAUCACAUACAUCUUUGAGAACAAGAUGCUGGAGGCAAAGAAGCUCAUGCCAGCUGUUCUGCGGGCAUUAAAGGGUCGAGCAGCCCGGGUUUGUUUGACCCAGGAGCUCAAUCAGCAUGUCCUACAGAACCGAGCUGUGCUGGACGACCAGCAGUUUGACUACAUCGUCCGCAUGAUGAACUGCACCUUACAGGACUGUUCACAUAUGGAUGAACACGGCAUUGCAGCCGCCCUGCUUCCAUUGGUCACAGCUUUCUGCAGAAAACUCGGCGCAGGCAUCACUCAGUUUGCCUACAGCUGUGUACAGGAGCACACGGUAUGGACCAACAUGCAGUUCUGGGAGGCCAUGUUCUACAGUGAUGUCCAGAACCACAUCAGGGCUCUAUACCUGGAGACAGACGAUGGAGACGAGCAGAAGAACUCUGAGCCGCAGGAUGGCCCAGGGAGUGGUAGGAAAAUCAGUGCGCUGGAGCUGGCGUCAGAACAGAACAGACUGUGGCCGACGCUUGGCAAGGAAAUGCAGACGGAGCGUGUGCAGAAGGAGGAGAGCACGGUGUUUAGCCAGGCCAUCCACUAUGCCAACAGGAUGAGCUACCUGCUGCUGCCACUGGACACCAGCAAGAACCGCCUGCUGAGGAACACGGGCCUGGGAGAUGUGGAAAGUGUGAGCAACAGCUACGUCACAAACAGUAUUGCAGGCAGCAUGGCGGAGAGCUACGACACAGAGAGCGGCUUUGAAGAUGCUGAGAGCUCAGACGUGGCUAACUCUGUGGUGCGCUUCAUCAACCGCUUUGUUGACAAAGUGUGUAAUGAGAGCGGUGUGACCAAUGAGCACCUUAAGGCUCUCCAUACCAUGAUACCAGAUAUCGUUCAGAUGCACAUUGAGACGUUGGACGCAGUCCACAGGGAGAGUAAGAGACUGCCUCCUAUCCAAAAGCCAAAGCUCCUGAGGCCGACUCUGUUGCUGGGAGAGGAGCUGGUGAUGGAUGGCAUGCGGGUCCACCUGAUUCCAGACGGUCGUGAGGAGGCCACAGGGCUUAUGGGAGGUCCGCCACUGCUCCCCGCAGAGGGCGCCAUCUUCCUCACUACCUAUCGACUCAUCUUCAAGGGCACGCCUACAGACCCACUAGUGGGUGAGCAGGUGCUCACUCGCUCAUUCCCAAUAGCCUCUCUGACCAAGGAGAAGAGGAUCUCAGUCAAUUUAUCCAUUGACCAGUUUGUCCAGGAGGGGCUGCAGUUACGCUCCUGCACCUUCCAGCUCAUGAAGAUUGCAUUUGAUGAGGAGGUUGCAUCAGACCUGGCAGAGGUUUUCAGGAAGCACUUACACAAGCUGCGGUAUCCUCAGCACGUCCAGGGCACCUUUGCCUUCACUGUGGGUCAGAGUGGAAAAAUGGUGGUGGAGCACAAGACCAAGGACAAGAACCAGUCGCUUAAGACACUUUCCAAGAACCUAGUGAAGACUGCCAAAAGGACCAUAGGUCGGCAGUAUGUGACCAGGAAGAAGUAUUCUCCGCCCACAUGGGAGAACAGGAGCAGUUUCCAGUCAGAGUUGGAUGAGGAUGAAAUCUCAGUGUCAGAGGAGGUGGACCAGCAGAGCUCCCUCACCCUCUCCUCCACCAUCCGCUCAUCCGACAGACAAACCAUGAGCAACGUGGUGGAGCGUGCAUGCUGUCGUGACUACCAGCGCCUGGGUCUGGGCACGCUCAGUAAUAGCCUGACACGUUCCAAGAACGAGCCCUUCAGGAUUUCCACCGUCAACCGCAUGUAUACUGUCUGCAGGAGUUACCCUGGCCUACUGAUAGUGCCUCAGAGCAUCCCAGACACAACCAUCCAGAGAAUCAGUCGGUGCUACCGACAGAAUCGCUUCCCAGUGGUUUGCUGGAGGAAUUCAAGAACCAAGGCCGUCCUCCUGCGCUCCGCAGGCCUCCACGCCAAGGGUGUCGUAGGCUUCUUCAAGUCCCCCAACGCCCCCACUGCAGUGCCCUCACAGGCAGAGUCCACCAGUCUGGAGCAGGAGAAAUACAUGCAGGCCAUCAUCAGCUCCAUGCCUUCAUACAGUGAGAGCAGUGGCAGGAACACACUCAGUGGCUUCACCUCUACACACAUGAACACUUCUGACUCAUCAGAUAAGCUAAGGCAGCCAAAGAUUGGUGCUCUGAUGAAACAGGUGAUGGGCACCAAGGAGGAUGUUCCUGGAACCUUCAGCAGAGGAGCUCUGGGUCAAAGGGCGAAAGUCAUCUCCCUCUCUCAGCCCAAAGUGUCUGGCAAGGCCAGGAAUCCUCCCAGAGGGAAAUGGGGCAGUAUCCGAGGCACCGGGCGUCUAAGUGCAUACAACCCAGAUGUGGGGACGCGUCUGGCUGCAAAAGAGUCUCCUCAGGCUAAUGGAGGCCCCAGUGAGGCGUUGUUCCUCCGCCAGCAGAAGGCCUACCUCUACAUCAUCGGAGACAAGGCCCAGCUCAAGGGAGGGAAACAGGACUCGUUCCAGCAGUGGGAGGUGGUUCCCAUCGAGGUGUGUGAUGUGCGGCAGGUGAAGAACAGCUUUAAAAAGCUGAUGAAGGCCUGCGUGCCAAGCUGCCAACCCCCUGACGCCAGCAUGACCUACCUACGAUUCCUGGAGGACUCCGAGUGGAUGUCUCUGCUGCACAGGGUGCUGCAGGUAUCAGUCCUGGUGGUGGAGCUCCUGGACACGGGCUCAUCAGUCAUGGUCAGCCUGGAGGACGGAUGGGACGUCACCACACAGGUGGUGUCCCUGGUGCAGCUGCUGUCUGAUCCCUACUACAGAACCUUCGACGGUUUCCGGCUGCUGGUGGAGAAGGAGUGGCUGUCGUUCGGCCACAGGUUCAGCCACAGAGGAGCUCAGACUCUGGGCAGCCAGAGCAGCGGCUUCACGCCGGUCUUCCUGCAGUUCCUCGACUGUGUGCACCAGAUUCACCUCCAGUUCCCCAUGGAGUUUGAGUUCAGUCAGUACUACUUGAAGUUCUUGGCCUACCACUACGUGUCCAACCGCUUCCGCACUUUCCUGCUUGACUCCGACUAUGAACGCAUCGAGCUGGGAGUCCUUUAUGAGGAGAAAGGUGAGAGGAGAAGCCCUCAGGUCUGUAAAUCUGUGUGGGAUUACAUCGACAGACUCAACAAGAAAACACCCAUCUUCUACAACUACAUGUUCUCUCCUGAGGAUGAAGAGGUGCUGCGGCCGUACACCUUCAUCUCUAACCUAAAGGUGUGGGACUUCUACGUGGAGGAGAGACUGUCGGAGGGGCCGUCCUACGACUGGGAGGCGAGAGGUCAGCAUGAGCGCGUGGCAGAGGAUACAGCGGAUAAACCUGACAGCAGUGGGCCUAAGUCGCAGCGCCGAGUCGUCUGGCCGUGUUACGACAACCUGAGCAAGGUGGUGCCAGACGCCAUCACCAAGCUGCUGCAGGAUCUGCAGAGUCUGGAGGCGGAGCUUGGUCAGACGCCAGAGAAGUGGAAGGAUACAUGGGAUAAAAUCAAAUCCACACAGAGAACUGAGACCAAACUGGAGAGCAAGCCGUCGUUCUCCAGCUCCCUGCUGAUGUCGUCCAACCUGAGCCACCAGCGGCGUUCUCAGGGCGUCUACCUGCAGGAGAGUGGUGUGGGAUCCUCCAUCAACCUGGGUCUGGACUGUGAGGCCAGUGCCACGUCCACACCAGUUCCUGGUCGUCCAAGCACCAGCACCCUCUACAGCCAGUUUCAGAGCACGGAGAGUGAGAACAGGAGUUUCGAAGGCAUCCUGUACAAGAAAGGGGCGUUGUUGAAACCAUGGAAACCACGGUGGUUUGUCCUAGACAAGACCAAACAUCAGCUGAGAUACUACGAGAGCCGGCAGGAUAAGGAGUGUAAAGGUGUGAUCGAGCUGGCUGACGUGGAGUCUGUCACUCCAGGAACACCCACCAUGGGAGCGCCGAAAAACAUCGAAGAGAAAGCCUUCUUUGACCUGAAGACGACCAAACGAGUGUAUAACUUCUGUGCGCAGGACAGUCUGAAUGCACAGCUGUGGAUGGACAGUGUUCAGAGCUGCUUGUCAGACGCCUAGAUUAGAGGCUGGACUCUAAAAUGGAGCUUUGCAACCAGGAGCGAGUGAGCACCUGAGAGACAGAUGAUCCCGGUGAAACAGGAAAGGGCAAAGGGGGUGGGCCUUUCAUCACUUCAGCUCUGUUCUGUUUGCUAGUGUUGAACUAAUAACCUUGCGUCACAACGUUUCAGUGUUUUUGUUAUAAAAAAGAAAUUAGAAAAAGGACAAAAAAAAAAAAAGGAAAAAAAAGACACCCAGAAGAACCACUCGCUGUUGUCUCAACAAAGUAGCUUCAGCCUCACACCCCUGACCGUCUGACCACUAUGUUCGCUGGAUGCGUCAUUUAAGCAGGUUUGUGUGAGGCGCCCUGCAGCUUGGAGCAGCAUGAAGAAGAAUCCAGACCCUCCACCUUUAAACCACAACGUGUUCUCCUUCCUACUAACCACACUCACCCUUUAACAAACACACUCCAGGGGGAGGAAUGACGGCCAUGCGCGCGCACGCACACACACACACACAGAGGAAACCUGGUGUGACUCGUCUGAAGGAUUGACUGAAGGGUUGACGGACCAAAGUAACCCAGAGAAGCAAAACAUGGUGGCAGAAAACCUUCUUUCCUCCAGUCCUCAGAGGUUUCUGCUCUCUGUCUCUCUCUCCUCACUGCCUCGUGUGGUCAGAAGCUGCAGUGAAGUGGACGGUGAUGAUGAUGACGACGACGACGAUGCUGCAGCUGCGAGGAGAAGAGGGCGACUCCUCCACAGAUCAUGAAGGAUUUCCCUUUUUUUCUUUUCUUUUCUUUUUUUCCCCCUUUCUAAAUUUUCAAAUUUGUACCAGACAGACGGACGUCGCUGCCGUGGUCACUGCCGCGGUCAGGAGAUGAUGAAGAUAUACUGUGAAAGCCAUGAAUCAGUCGUAGAGAUCAAAACCAGUAGAGCCAGUCGGAGAUUAGAAUCAUUCCGGUUUUGAGUGUGUGUCGGUGAGCGUUUUUCACUGAGAGUGUUUACAGAGUAGAUCCAACCCCCCCCACGUGUUUUCAUCAACCACUAACAGUCAGAGUUUUACAGGCCGUGCAAGGAAAACGGACAUGUUUGUUUUUGUUGUGAUGUCCUUAAAACACACAAGAGAUGUGGAAGGAAGGAAAUUGGGAGGAACAAGAUGAUAAUAUGGGAUGUUCGGACACGUGCUGACGUGAACAUUGCAGUAUUUUAUAUUUUCAAACAAGGCUCACGAGUGUGUCCAAAAGCUAAAUUUGCAUUCAGUACCUUUUUGAUGAAGUUUUAAUAACAAAACAACAACAACAACAACAACUGCGUGACACUUCAAGAAACGGCAUCAUCGUUUGCAAAGAUGUUCAUUUCUGUACAUCCAGACUAAGACGCAGCUGUUGCAGCUUUUCAAAACUGUAAUGCUAAAAAAAAAAAAGAGAGCAAACCCUCUGUCAUAUCUGUCAUAAUAUACAGCUAUUUAUCACCAAUUUAAAACAAUUUCAAAGGAUUUCCCUCAGCAGCUCUAACAACAAUCAGUUGACGAGCUGCUCUCUGAUCAUUUACAUAAAUAACAAAUAUUUGCAUUUCAUGCCUAAGUAGAGGUUGACAUGUGACCGCAAGAAGACACGCCUUUUAUUUGUCUCCGGCGUGUAGAGCACAAGCUCACAUGUAAACAAACAAACAAACAAACAGUGUUUGAUCUGGGAAACUUUUAUGGAGAUUUAUGGACAAAAAAAAGCAUGUUUCCGACACCGUGAAAGCAGCGAGUGCAGAGUCAAAGGUCCAGUGUGUAAUAUCGACGUUGCUCAGUGAAAGUCCGUCACUGACGUGAAAGCCCACAUGGCGGUCGUAAGCGCUUCACGGAGGCCACCAUUUUGUGUCAUGUUUCUACAGCAGCCUCUCGACAUUAUAUUCCAAGAUGGCUACCUCUCAUAUACAAACGCUGCCAUCUUUACUGUAAUUUGUUCCUCUCUUUUCCAAACAGGAACGUUACUCAGAGGUGAAUUCACUCCCAGUUUGACUUCCGAUAUAAAAGGAACACACAAUUACUAUACAAACGCCCACAUAGUAUUGAUACAUAAGCUAAUGAAGAAAGAAGGCAAAAUGUGUUUACAUCUUUUUUGGUAUAUGAAGGAUGAGUGAAUGAGUCUUCUGUUUGAUUGCAAUCUGCAGUCUCACCACUAGAUGCCACUAAUUCUUACACACUGGACCUUAAACAUGACCCCGAGCCACUGGACACAAAUAAAACAAAUAAAUAAAAUACUGUAAUGUUCCUUUAAUAACACGGGAACAGAGUGGAGUGUCAGUCAGGAACGCGGCGCAGCAGUGGUUCAAUUUAGCGCCGGUUGCAGCUGCAGUGCUGGAACUUUGUACAUAUAGAGGAGUUUACAUCAGUUAGUUAGUAAACAAACAGUAGCUGAGCGACUUUAAACGUCAACUCUUUUUAUUUGAUUAAAUAUUUUUAUAUUUUGUCCUCCACAGACACACACACACACACAUCACUCAGCAGCCACAGUCCCUGCUCUGUAAAAUAUGGUUCUACUGCAGUUUUGUUGAACAUAAAAUUUGAAAUUGUA